AUGGCCAGCAUGGAGCUCACCUUCCUCGCCAUCAAGCCUGACGGCGUGCAGUGCGGCCUGAUGGGCAGCAGCAUCAAGUGCGAGAAGAAGGGGUUCCGCCUCGUCACCAUGGAUGUCCACCGGGCCUCUGAGGAACUCCUGAAACAGCACCGCAUUGACCUGAAAGACCACCCAUUCUACCCUGGGCUGGUGACGUACACGAACUCAGGGCCUGUGGUGACCGUGGUCUGGGAGGGGCUGAAUGUGGUGAAGACAGGGAGAGUGAUGCUUGGGGAGACCAAUCCAGCAGAUUGUAAGCCAGGCACCAUUCACGGAGACUUUUGCAUUCCAGUUGGCAGGAACAUCAUUCACUGCAGUGAUUCAUUAAAAAGUGCCGAGAGAGAAAUCAGCCUGUGGUUUACGCCCAAAGAAUGGGUGACUACACGUCUGUGCGUUUGGCUGGAUCUGUGAAUGAGAGGUGGACAA